UCAUAACUGCAAUUAUGAAGAAAAGAGAAGAAAAUAAACUUAUAAUUAAGUUUAUAAAAGCUACUAAAUAAUCAAGUUUGCAGCUUUGCUGUUACAACUGAACACAAAUCUAAUUAUUGUUGUGUUAGUCAACCUCUCUCCACACAAUUGCAACUCUCAGUUGAUUGAAAUAAUAGUUGAGUUUUGUGAUUUCAUCUCAAUAUGGAUCAUAACAUAUGGAUUUCAUUCCCAAAAGCCAUCAGUCUUGUGGGUUAUCUGAUUAUUGCAUACUUCAUCCAUAUCACACUAUUGAAGCCCACCUUGAAUUUGUUGCAUAAAAUUUAUCAUUAUCAUGGAUUGCAUUGUCUUCCUAAAAACUUUCUCUUUGGUCAUCUAAAGUUAUUGAGUCCGAAUUUUCCAUUUCCAAGCAACAUGGAAGAUAUUUCAAGAAACAUGUACACUUGGUUCGAGCAAACGAUUUCGACUAAUAAGGACCGAAGUUUAUCAGUGAUGUGGUUAGGACUAUUUCCAGUGAUUAUUAUUUCUGAUCAUGCUGCAGUUGAAGCUGUAAUGACCAAAACCAAUGUUAAGAAACCCUUCUUUUACAAAUAUAUUGGAUUGAAAAAUGGUCUAAUCACAUCAGAUCCUUCGCUGUGGAAGAUUCGUAGGAAAGCAAUCGAACCCUUUUUCGUAACAAAACGACAGAAACAUUUUGUAAAGCUUAUGGAACAAGAAAUCAGAGAAAUACCCGAAAAAUUAUUGAAUCAAAUAGAUAAACCAAUCGACAUGGAGCAUUUAAUCCACACGAGUACAUUACGCAUAAUUGAAAGAGUUGUUGGAAGCAUACCAUUGGACGAUUUGAAGGAGGAAAAAGAAAUCACUUUAGAUCUUCUUACAAGCAUUGAGCAAAUUGCAAUGAAACGAGCCAUGAAUCCGUUACUGUGGUUCGACAUACUCAUCAAUUUUUUUGAGACAGGCAAAAGUUAUUUAAAGAACUUGGAAAGAAUCGAAACUUUGAUGCAUUCUUACAUGGAGCAUCGAAAAAAAGUGAUCACGUUGUCACCACCAAAACAACCAGAAGAAUACGACUUGGUACAUUUACUUGAGAAACACACCGAUCAGACAGGAACACUUGAAGAAUUAGUGACAAGUAUUGCAGCCGGUCAUGAAACAGUUUCGGUAUCUUUACGUUGGACUCUAUUUUCAUUGGGUAACCAUCCAGAGAUACAAGAGCGUCUUUACCACGAAAUAAUUGAACACUUUCCUGGUGAUACUCCGACUGACGACUUCGAUAAAAUUAAUGCAUGCACUUAUCUCGAUAAAUUUUUAAAAGAAUCACUUCGAUUGAACCCACCAGUCCAUUUUAUUGGACGAGUUUUGGAUGAAGAUAUUAAAGUUAACGGAACUAAGAUUUUUAAAGAUACAAACAUAUUUAUUUGCAUCACUUCUACUCACCGUGAUCCAAGUAUUUAUCCUGAUCCAGAUAAGUUUGACCCUGAAAGAUGGAACCCUGAAAAUUCAUCCAAAAUACCUAAAUCAGCGUUUAUCCCUUUUGGUUAUGGACCUAGAAACUGCAUUGGCUAUCGUUAUGCCAUGAUGGAAUUGAAAGUUUAUCUCAUUCACAUUCUUCGUAAAUUCAGUAUGAAAUCUACUCGAACAUCCGAAAGUAUUCCCUUGAAAUCUGAAAUAUCUCUGAAACCAGCGCUACCUUUGGAGAUCAUAUUAACAACACGGCAUAACAUUAACCAGGAAAUGAAGGAUCUAUAGCUCAAGAUGAGACAAGUUCAAGAACUUUUUAAACCAUUGGAAAUAACCCGAAUUUAACCAAUAUGCAUUAUGUAUUCAAUGUAUUACGAAUUAAUGAAAUAAAUAAUGAUUUAAAUUGAA